AUGAAGGUCCAAAAUGUCUUCAACACGGGCCUGCUCUCCAUCCUGCCGACGUCGCUGUCCAACACGCCUCCACGCACGGCAUCGAGUCUCCCCUUUGACAUCAGCCCCUCAACGCCCGAGAACACGGCAAACUACACGGCCCCUAUCUUCCCCAUCGCGCCGUUCAACAAAUACGCCCACAACCCGAUCAUGAGGCCCAACCCGGCCGCGAACUGGGAGUCGGCGUACCUGUACAACCCGACGGCGAUUGUGCUCAACGAGACCGUCUUCCUGCUGUACCGGGCGCAGAACGCGUCCAAGACGUCCUCGAUUGGACUCGCGUGGUCCUCGGACGGCGUCACUUUCACCCGCCUCAACCGCCCAGUCGUGUACGCGACCGAGCCCUGGGAGCACCUGGGCGGGACCGAAGACCCUCGCAUCGUCCGCGUCAACGGCACGUUCUACAUGACCUACACAGCCUACGACAGCGUGACGGCGCAACUCUGCCUAGCCACAUCCACAGAUCUUUUGCACUGGCAAAAAUACCCGCCUCUGUUCCCCGGGGGUUACCAGGACGUGGAAUACUCGGACAUCGACGUCCCCGUGCCGCGCAUCAACCACUCCAAAUCCGGCGCCAUCGUCAGCGAACCGACCGCCGAUGGACUGUAUCACAUGUACUUUGGCGACAGCUUCUUCUACCACGCGACCUCGCGGGACCUGUUGAACUGGACGGCGCUACCCGCCGCCCAAUACUUCGCCGGCCCCGUGCACCCCUGGGAGAACCGCCUGAUCGAGCCCGGCCCGCCGCCCGUCAAGACGCGAGAUGGGAAAUGGCUGCUCAUCUACAAUGGCGCGACGAGUGGUCGCGUGGGUUACUCCCAGAACCAGUACUCUGUCGGGCAGAUGCUCAUCGACCCCUCUGGCUCGUUUCGUCCGACGUUAAAUGUCAGUGAUGGGGUGUACCAACCCGCUCUAAGAGAUGGGCCCGUGGCGAGACUGGAGAGACCGAUAUUGGUGCCCGAGGCUGGGAAUGAGCAAAAGGGCCAGGUGGAUCGGGUGGUCUUUGCAGAGGGGCUGGUCCAGUUCAAGGGCAAGUGGUUCUUAUACUUUGGGCAAGGGGACAGUGAAUUGGGGGUUGCUAUUGCUGAUGUGCAGCCUUAG